ACAGUAAGGCCGUAGAAGCCCUGAAGGUUGCAGGCUCUAUCGUCCGUUUGUAUGUGCGGCGCCGGAGGCCAAUGCUGGAGACCAUCAUUGAGAUUAAACUCGUAAAAGGACCAAAAGGACUUGGCUUCAGUAUUGCAGGUGGCGUUGGAAACCAGCACAUCCCCGGUGACAACAGCAUAUAUGUCACCAAAAUUAUUGAUGGCGGAGCAGCACAGAAGGAUGGCCGGCUACAAGUUGGAGACAGAUUAUUAAUGGUAAACAACUACAGUCUGGAGGAAGUUUCUCAUGAAGAGGCUGUGGCCAUUUUGAAGAACACGUUGGACGUAGUCUACCUUAAGGUGGGAAAACCCACCAAUGUCUACCUAUCAGAUCCCUAUGGGCCUCCUGAUAUCACACACUCUUUCUCUCCUGCCAUGGAAAAUCACAUCUCUUCCCCUAUCAACAGCGGCACGCUGGAAUACAAGUCCGGUCUACCCCCUAUCUCCCCCGGGAGUUAUUCCCCCCUCCCUAAGCACUUACUGGGGGAAGAGGAUAUAAACAGGUUGGAUGGUUUUUCCUUGCUACGAAAUCCCUCGUUAGAUGAUGGGGAGGGACACAGGUUUGAUUCCCAGCACUUCCAGUUGAGGCCUCCUGAGCCAGUUUACAGCACUGUGAACAAACUAUGUGAUAAAGUGCCCUCCCCCCGACACUAUUCCCCCGUGGAGUGUGACAAAAGCCUCCUCCACUCCGCCCCCCUCCCUAGCUAUCACUUAAGCCUGUUUCCCGACUUGGACCUCACCAGGGAACCCAGGAAGGUCGUUCUCCACAAGGGUACCACGGGCCUGGGCUUCAACAUCGUGGGUGGUGAAGAUGGCGAGGGCAUAUUUGUCUCCUUCAUCCUGGCAGGAGGCCCCGCUGACCUGAGCGGAGAGCUGAGACGUGGUGACCAGAUCUUAUCGGUUAAUGGCAUCGACCUUCGAGGAGCUACACAUGAACAAGCAGCAGCAGCACUGAAAGGAGCAGGACAGAUGGUCACCAUCAUUGCUCAGUACAGACCAGAAGAACUUGCUCUAUGUUCACCACAGCGGGCCCUCUCUCCUGCACCAGAAUAUGAGCGAUUUGAGGCCAAAAUCCAUGACCUGCGCGAACAGAUGAUGAACCACAGCAUGAGCUCUGGUUCAGGAUCCCUCCGGACCAAUCAGAAGAGAUCGCUCUAUGUGAGGGUACUGUUUGACUAUGAGAAGUCGAAGGACAGCGGUCUCCCCAGUCAAGGGCUCAGCUUCAGGUAUGGGGACAUACUCCACGUCAUCAACGCCUCAGAUGAUGAAUGGUGGCAGGCCCGCCGAGUUACUCCACAUGGAGACAGCGAGGAAAUGGGUGUCAUCCCCAGCAAGAGACGGGUGGAGAGAAAAGAGCGGGCACGUCUAAAGACUGUGAAAUUCAAUGCCAGGCCAGGGUCAUUUGACUCAAAAGGGGACAUCCUGGGGAUAGGUGAUGAUGGGUAUGGGACAAAGACAUUCAGGAGUCAAGAGGACGUGAUUCUAUCAUAUGAACCUGUGAUACGGCAAGAAAUUACUUAUGCCAGACCUAUCAUAAUCCUCGGACCGAUGAAGGACAGAAUCAAUGACGAUCUGAUAUCAGAGUUCCCAGACAAGUUUGGAUCAUGUGUGCCACAUACCACUCGGCCAAAGAGGGACUACGAGGUGGACGGGCGGGACUACCACUUUGUGAUGUCCAGAGAGCAAAUGGAGAAAGACAUCCAAGAGCACAAGUUCAUUGAGGCGGGGCAGUACAAUGAUAACCUGUAUGGAACGAGUGUCCAAUCUGUGAAAUAUGUGGCUGAGCGGGGUAAACACUGCAUUCUGGAUGUGUCUGGAAAUGCCAUCAAAAGACUACAAGUAGCACAACUCUAUCCCAUUGCCAUCUUCAUAAAACCGAAGUCUAUUGAUUCGCUAAUGGACAUGAAUAAGAGAUUGACAGAGGAACAAGCCAAGAAGACGUUUGACAGGGCUAUGAAGCUGGAACAAGAGUUUGGUGAAUCCUUCACAGCGUUGGUUCAAGGAGACACCUUAGAGGACAUUUAUAACCACUGCAAACAGGUCAUAGAGGAACAUUCAGGACCCUAUAUCUGGAUCCCCUCGAAGGAGAAACUAUAAUAACUCAUCACCCUGCAAGGGAGUCUGGACUGCUAGGAACUAGUAAUAAGUUGUAUCAUAUGGUAACUGUGUGGCGAUAAAUAGUCUUCAAAAAUACUUAUUGUGAAUAUGUUUUUUUAUUAUUAUUAUUGUUAUUAUUAUUGUUAUUUUCUCUUGUUUGGUUAUUGCUUCUUUUUUCACUCAAUAUGAAUGUUCCUGAAUGUAAUGUUCAAAAAAUUUUAGCUCUUAAUUAUGAACCAUUUGUAUAUUUGUUGAUUUUUUUUUAUUAUUAUUAUAUAUUAUUUAAACAAAAAUGAAAAGAAAUGUAAUGAAAACAGAAUAAAUUUGGGGUAUGUGUCCACGUCGUUACCGUAUGGAGUUUCAAACAAGACGUUGGAAAGUAGUCAUAUUCAGAUGUCUUUGCUUUGCCAGCAUACGCGGAUAAAAAGGAACUCCAAGUGCAACUCCUUCACACUCCCUUAACGCUGCAACUAGCAAAAAGUUCAACGUCCAAAGUUUUUUCUAGUUUUGCAACUGUGCAUCCCCUGAACGGCGCUUUGCUUUGUGUGUGUUUUCAUCGUCAUUUCUUCCUUGAAUGACUGUAUUUAUUUAUGUAACGUGACGGCGAGCAUUUGUAAGGAAACUGUUUUUUCACUGGGAGGUUUUUGUGUGUUUUUUUUGUUUUUUUAAAUUUGAAGGAAGACACUAAUCAUCUAGCCAUUGCAUUGACAAUGAUGAGUAAAGGGACAGAGCUGCUAUAGGCAACGGAAAUGUAACAUUAUAUUUUGCUACUUAACUGCUAGAGGGCACAAAAGCACACAGUUAUUUAUUAUUGAGAAUAUAACUUUGAUUAAAGGGUAAUUCACAGAGCGUA